AUGGAAACGAGAAACGAGAAUUCCGCGUCGCUCACACGCAGCGAAGCGCGAAUACUACGAAAGCUUCGGUUGAAAAAGCAACAAGCUUACGAAGCCGUCGCGAAGUUCGAAAAAUUAUCUUGCGAUCAACUAUUUUCUUCGGAGCCCACACAAUACCUAUGCUUGAUAAAUGUUUGUUCCGGCGGAGUUGGGAGCGUUACGACGGAACAAUUGUCACAAACAUUUAGCUCGUUCGACGGUUAUACAGAAUUGAGGCUAAUGCACGGGAAGCCCUAUUCGUUUGUAUUGUUUGGGUCAGCUUCUGCCGCUUUGUUCGUUCGAAAUUCACUUCAUGAGAAGCCCUGUGAGCUUCUAAAUGGAAAGGUGAUAUUCAUCGAGUUUGUGAAUUUGAAUCAACAAAAUUUCAUGAGGCAAAUUGCGGUCUCGGAUAAAAAAAACAUCUCGGGUUUAUACCUGUCGGAAGAAUUUGUAUCGAAGGAAUUUGAAGAAGACAUCUUGGAAAAUAUCUAUGCUACCGCCGGUUGGAUACCCGUGCAACAUCGGAAGGCGUUACACUAUGGACACUCCUUCGACUACGACUCCAAUCAAGUUGGUUCGACUUCUCCUGAAUUUCCACAUUACAUGGAUUCGCUUUUGGAUAAGUUAAAAGAAUGUUACCCCUUUGUGCCAGAGAUGGAACAAUUAACGGUGCAAUGUUACCCCGUCGGAACUGGAAUCCCUCCUCACAUCGAUUGUCACUCAUCGUUUGGGGAAUACAUUGUAGCACUGAGUCUCGGGAGUCCCGUCAUCAUGGAAUUCAAGGACGUAAAAUCUGGGAAUGUGGUUAACAUUGAUCUACCAAACAGAUCUCUGUUGGUUCUUUCCGGCGAGGCACGAUACGCUUGGAGCCACUCGAUCCGUGCACGGAAAAGUGAUCAACUGGAAAGUGGUCAAGUUAGAAGGCGGGGUCAACGAGUCUCGUUAACACUUCGGACAAUCAACCCGGAAAAAAUUUGCAAGUGUUCGUGGCUAGACUUUUGUGACAAAAAUAUUGCUCACCUGGAGUUCAACCAUGUCCCCCAAAAUCUUGCACCAUUUAUCCCUAGAAGCAAAAACAAGAAGAGAGCAGUAUAG